GGCGGGGCCAUGAAGGUGAAGAAGAGCGGUGGGGCCGGGGCGGCGGCGGCCAGAACCGAGGAGGAGCUGGGCCGAAAGGCGCUCAUCGGGCCCGACGACGUGCUGGGGCUGCAGCGGGUCACCAGCGAUUAUUUGUGCACUCCAGAGGAAAAUGUUUACAAGAUAGACUUCACCAGGUUCAAAAUCCGGGACAUGGAAUCUGGCACAGUCUUGUUUGAAAUCACCAAGCCAGCAGCUUCAGAGCGGGAGCACAAUGACAGGAAGGAUGUGGACCCCAACGCCGGGCGCUUCGUGCGCUAUCAGUUCACCCCAGCCUUCCUCAGACUGCGGCAAGUGGGAGCCACGGUGGAAUUCACAGUAGGGGACAAACCCAUUAAUAAUUUCCGUAUGAUUGAGAGGCACUACUUCCGUGACCAGCUGCUGAAAAGUUUUGAUUUUGAAUUUGGCUUCUGCAUCCCCAGCAGUAAAAAUACUUGUGAGCACAUCUAUGAAUUCCCCCAGCUCUCAGAGGAUCUCAUUCGAGAGAUGAUCCUGCAUCCCUACGAGACACAGUCGGACAGUUUCUACUUUGUAGACAACAAGCUGGUGAUGCACAACAAGGCAGAUUAUUCAUACAGUGGAGGACCUUGAGUGUGAGCUGGAUGGUCCCAGCUGUGCUGGCCUCCCCUUCCCUCUGGAAUUCAUCAGGGAUCCCAAACCCCUCCAGCUCUGCUGCCUGCAAUGUCACCUGGACAAGGAUCUACCGACCAAGGACUCUUUGCCACAGUAGGAGUUUCAUGACAUCUCUUUUGAGCUUUGAAGCAGACCCAGUUCUUCAGAAGUUUUAAGCUAAAAUCAUCUUUGGAUACCAAUUCCCUAAGUCCUUUAAGUGUCUGCUUUGAAAAUGGCCUUGUGGGACCUGAUUAUGUGAAUUUAUGUUCCUGCCCUCGAGUAUCUUUUAGGAUUUUGCUUUCCCAAAGAAUGUAAUCAGAGAAACCAUGGGAGUGGAUGGAAAGGCAGAGGUUUGGGUGGUUGUUUCUCUUUGUUGAAUGCUUCAAAGGCCAAUUUAACUUGUCCAGCCUGUUGAAAAUAUUGAGCAAAACAUCUCACCAAGGCAAGUUUCAUCUUUAGAUUGGCUCUCUCCAUGAGUAUUUCAUCCUUUAGUGCCCAUCCUUCUGUGUAAUGUUCUGUUUAACCUUGAAGACACCAAAACCUGUUAUGAAGAGCAGUAGUUCAGUGACAGAGCUGUGUAAAUGGGAUGUUUUUACAUUUACAUUCCUUUUACAUUUCAGAUGAAGGUAAAAUGGCAUUGUGGGUCUAUGAGGCUCCAUAAGUACAUUCCAUUGAUUUCAGGGUUUUUUUGCAGAAUAAUCAGGAAAAGCAGAAGGAUUUUAGCUUUAUUUAACAUUUUUGCUUUAUUAAACAUUCAACCUUUUCAUGUCACACAUUUCCUAUGUCUAUUUUUUUUCCCAUCUCUGCUUGAUACCAAGAUAAGGACUUCAGCACUGCUUGUUAAAGCAAUGUUUUAAUUGUCUAGGGCAGCUGGGGAGUGUGAAAUUUCCAAUUUUCUAUUUGUAUCUGCAUUUAAGGGAGGUUUAGACAGUGUUUCCCCUUUGUUAAAAAUGUUUCUCAUCAGAUAUUAGUACAGGUGAAACUAAAUCUAAUAAUCUACAACUUUAACACACAGCAAAAAAAAUUAGCAGAAGUUCUCUCUUCAGAUUCUGUAAGAAGUUUAACACAAAUUUAGCCCAAGAAAUAGCAACACCAGGAAUAAACUACUGUGGGGUGACCUGUUGUCAUGAAACCCUUACUCUGAAGGUCAGUUCACUGAUAUACAAAAAAAAAAAAAAACCAACAAAAAAACCCCAACAAAAAUAAAAGACAGUUGCAGUCUGUAGAUAUUUCUAUAAAUACUUGAUGUCUCCAUGUCUAAUUCUGUGAGUUGAAGUGGAACAUUCUAUGUUAGCCUCAGAUAGGUGUAAUAAUUGUAAUAAUUUUUAUAAAAAAUACCAUUUCCAGUCGUGAUGAGCAUCUCUGUAGUCUCAGCCUACGUCAGACAGGACUACAAACAAUUCCAAGUGUAGCCUAAGGACAGGGAGGUUUUUGUGCUCUUGUUGGGGUUGUGGUCACUUUUCAAUGUGUCACCAUUUGUAUUUGGCUUGGCUUUUUUGACUGCUGAGAGAGGAGGCAGGUUUUUGUUUUUUUUUUUUUUUUUUUUAGAAAAACCACAGUGAUUUUAGGUUACAGCACAGUUUUUAUUAAGCUUGGUCGUUACCAAAGUGUGGUUACCAAGUUCACUGAUUUUGCACAAGUAGUAUCUUGUAGUAAUUCUUAAUCACAGUGAGACUUGUAUUUAUCACUAUUUUUUGUCUCUAGUGGGUUAAAUCAUACAAAUAGCCUACAGCUGACUGAUCAGUUUGAGAGAUACAAAGGGUUUCCUCAGAGCAGUACUUUGAGCUACUGACCAUUAAUUUUUUAGCACAAUAAUUACUGAAGAUGAAAAUUGUUUCAAAAAUGUUUUCUUUCCUCUCCCAAGUUUUUUUUUUUUUUUUUUUUUUUUUUUUUUUUUUUUUUUGCAUCAGGGCUGUUAAAUUAUAUAUCCAGUGACAUUUUGCAAGUUUUACGUAUUUCUGAGUUUUGUUUCAAUUUGCAGGAGAAAAAAAAAAUGUUAAUUUAAAGACAAAAUAGAGUGUAUGUUUAUAAUUACCACUGUGUCCAGGUUUUUUUUUUGGGGGAGGUUAUUUUUCACCUGCUGUUCACAACAGUCACUUCUGUACAUAAGAUUUUUAAAAGAGUUUUAGGAAUGGAAUUUGCCCAGAAUUGCCAGUCAUCUAUUUAAUAUGUUGUGAUGAGAUCAGCUGUACUUUGAUGUGGACUCUUGGGUGAUUUGAUAGAGUUUCCUCUGAAACAGUCAUGUUCUGCUCCUUUUUUAAAGCUACUUCCUUUCAAGACUUAUAAAAAAGAGUAUUUCCAUUAAAAGUAUUACUGUAAUCAAGGGAAAUUUGAGUGGUAGACGUGCCCCUUAUGAAAGAACCAAGAGAAAGUCACAGUGUUCCCAGGAGUGCAGAGUGUGAAUGAAAUUUCUGACGUUUUUCUAGAGUUGGUUUGAGGUUAAACACAAGAGGAUGAAUUAUCAGCUGCUCCUUUCCUGAAAUCUUUUAUCAUUCAGAUUAUAUAUAUAAUAAUUCCAGUCUCACAGAAAAUUUAGUGGGAAUCAUAUGGGAGUUAUUACACUGAAUUUGUUGCCUAAUCUUAUUAGGAGUAUUUUAAGCCAGAAAUAAAGAUUGAACAUUUUCAAUAAAAUCAAUUUCAACCAAUUCUAA